UAAUCCAAAAUGCAACAAUACAUACUCUCAUUCCAACACUUAUCAUCAUACUCAAAACACAAAAUCCUAGUCUUCCUAUAUUGAAAAGAAAAAAAUGAAAACAGCACAGAUUGCUAUUUGCACCUUCCUUUUGCUGCUUUUGGUUAAUGUUGAAGUGUCAAUGGCAGUAACAUGCAGUCCAGUGCAACUUAGCUCAUGUGUGAGUGCAAUCACUUCUUCAACUCCUCCAUCUAAACUAUGCUGCUCCAAGAUAAAGGAACAAAGACCUUGCCUUUGCCAAUACCUCAAGAAUCCUAAUCUUAGGAAGUUUGUUAACACUCCUAAUGCAAGGAAAGUUGCUAACACUUGUGGAACUCCCUUCCCAAGGUGCUAAAUGUUUAAAGAGUUAGUCCAUUGAGAGUUCAGACUAUAAAAUAAUUUCAUAUUUUGUGUGGUUUGAUGUCUAUAUGUUUUAAAGUGUGACACAGAUACUAUACUUCAGAUUGAAUGUGUUUGGUGUUUGGUCAGAUAUCGACACGACACCGACAUUCAAUUAUUUAUGUUUUCCCAUAUUAUUAUUUAUGUCUAUGUAUUAGUCGUGUCUAAUGUCAAUGUUUGAGUGUGCUUGAAUGUUUCAGAAGUAAAAGUAUAAGUUUUAUUGAAUGUAAUUUCGUUCACCUCUUUGAUGUGGUCUCAUAUCACAUUAGUUGUUGCGAAAAUAUGUAUUUAUAAUUCAAAGCAAUAUUGUAGAUAAUGCUUUCUUCUUAACAACACUCUCUUUCUCAA